GUAACGUGGAAUUGCUGGGCACUACCUCUCGCUGACAGCUACCUGUCCCCGCCUUUUCUCAUUCGUCUCCCUCCCCGCUCCCUCGGGUCCAGGUCCAGGCGACUUUUUGGCCAAAUGUCCGCCACGCCCUUCACCGUCAAAGCGGUCUUCGAAUAUACUUCAGACCACGAUGACGACCUCACGUUCUCCAUCGGCCAGAUCAUAACGGUCGUUCAGGAGGAAGAUGACGAUUGGUACCUUGGCGAGUACACGGAUGAGACCGGAGCGAAGGCAGAGGGCAUCUUUCCCAAGAAUUUCGUGGAGAAAUAUGAGCCCCCUGCUCCUCCACGACCCACUCGCCCAAAUAGGCCCAAGAAGGAGGCCGAGCCGGCGCCGGCCCCCCCAGAGCCCGCUGCGGUUGAGAGCCCCGUGGUUGAGCGUCACCCAGAGCCCGAACCGGAACCGGCGCCAGCGGUAGUGGAAUCCCCAACGGCAGUUGCAGGAGCUGCUCCUCAACUUCCCAUCUCUUCUCCCGUUGCCGAAGAGCCUUCAGUUCGUGAGGCACCCGUCCCGCAGCCGGCGCCGGCGCAAGCCUCGGUUCCUCAGCCGGAACCGACGCCACCGGCCCCGAAGCUCUCGUCGAAGCCCGCGCCGCCCCCUGUCACCGAGAAGCCGACCGGCUCCUCAUUCAAGGAUCGCAUCGCAGCCUUCAAUAAACCUGCGGCGGCCCCUAUUGCCCCCUUCAAGCCCAGCGGGUUGGGCGGGCAGAGCUUCAUCAAGAAGCCGUUUGUCGCGCCGCCCCCGAGCAAAAAUGCCUACGUCCCUCCGCCUAGGGAGCCUCCACCAAAGAUUUACCGACGAGAGGAGGACCCCGACGUUCAGGAGCGCGUCGCGCGCGAGCCACCGGUAUCCGAGCGUAGCCCUCCGGUCGAGGGGGCCGGCGAAGCGGCCGAAGAGCAGCCGAAGCCAACGAGCUUGAAAGAUCGAAUUGCCCUCCUACAAAAGCAACAAUUGGAGCAGGCGGCUCGCCAUGCGGAGACCGCCCAGAAGAAGGAGAAACCGAAGAAAGCACCCAAGCCCCGUGCAGAAUCGACUGACGAAGGUGUUCCGGCGGGAGAUGACGGUCUCGAGACGCCUGAGGCAGCCGAAGCGCCGCGGGACCAUAGCACUGAGACGGUGAAGCCGACGGCCCCAGUUGCGCCACAACUACCCACCCCCCUCCCGGUGCAAGAGCUGGCGAGCGAUACCAACGACGCGGACGACUCUGCGCCUGUCGAUAGCGAGGAUGCAGACGAGUCUUCCACGAGCAAAGAGGAUUACGAAGAUCACGCUCGAGUGGGUUCUCGCCAUGGCAUCCCUCAAGGAGCUGAGCACAAGGCUGAGAAGGAGGAGAGGGACCAGGAGGUUCAGGAUGAUGAGGAAGCGGGACAAGAGGAGGAAGCGGAAGAAGACAUGGAUCCAGAGACCAAACGCAAGAUGGAACUCCGUGAACGAAUGGCCAAAAUGAGCGGCGGUAUGGGUAUGAUGGGCUUGUUCGGUGCUCCAGGUGGUAUGCCGAUGCCUGGCGCAGCUUCUCGCAAACCGAAGACAUCUGUCUCGGAGGCUCCGAAGAAGCCUGAAGAUUCCGAGAGUGCUCCCCCCGCCGCUGCGCCUCCAGUCCCUGUUAUGGCGAUGCCUGGAAUGGCAAAGCCAGCCGCUCCAAGUGUCGAGAAGGACGAAGAGGAGGCACAAGUAUCUCCUACACAACAGCGUCAUGCGGAAGACGUCCCUGACGUUGAGGAAGUCGUUCCGGAGCCUCCUCGCCGCGUUUCUUUGGACCGGGCACCUUCUCUACCUCAAGGACGUGCCGCACCCCCUCCUCCACCCGUGGACACGCGGCCUGUUCCUCCCCCUGUCCCUCAGGGACAUCCGUCGUCGCCUCCGCCAGUUCCAGGUGGCCGUCCCGUACCCCCACCAGUCAGAAGCCCCACAUCCGGUGAUGAAGGUGACGAGUCGGACGAUGAACUCUCCGUGCAUGCGAGGAAUCUAUCGCUGAACGCUGCCGCCGCCGACCGCACUGCCCAGGCCGAUUUGGCAUCGUCAAUCCCCGACCAUCUCGAUUCACGCCGCCCGUCAACCUAUGAUGCCCCAACUCCGACGUCUCCUUCGGAGAAACGACAGAGCCGCGCCCCUCCACCUGUUCCUACAAACCCACCGAUGCCAGUCCAAAGUCGGCCUCCGCCCCCACCUCCUCCCGGGCCUCCCCGCCGUAGAUCCACGGCGGAUAGCCGGCCCAGCACAUCUUCGCAACCCCGGCAGGCUGGAGAAGAAGCUGAAGGAGAAAUCACUGAGUACGAUGGUGACUAUGACACGGACAUUGCGUCUGGCGCCAAGUUCAAAGAUGCCCUCAAGUCUCAUGGCCGUGAAUCCAGCGUCGACGACGGUACCAUCACCGACGACCAUUCGCUGCAGUCUCCUCGAAGUCCCCGCGAGUCGCGCGCUCCUCCCCAUCCCCCUCCGUCUGCGCCGCGAGCUGUGCCGCCACCGCCACCUAUCCAACCCCCUAAAAGCAGCGGCGGGAGAAGCUCGUUGGAUUCCCCACGGGGGCCCCCUCCUCCGCCUCCCCACAGGGAGCAGUCUCUUGAUGAGGACGAGGAGUAUGAUCCUUACCGAUAUACGGCUCCUCUGCAUGGGCUUCCUGCCACCAGAGCGCCCCCCCUGCCUCCUGUCGUCAAACAGCCGCAGCUUGACGAAGAAUCGGAUGAUGUGUAUGACACAAUGUCGCCCACGCAGCCACCGCAGGAGAGGUCGACUGCGGCGUCCUCAGCGAAACGCGCGUCUGUCUCUCCUUUACCUCCGUCGAUCCCCUCCGUUCUAUCCCCAUCUACGCCGCGGAGCACGCGUGCAUCCUUAGAUGUGCCUCGAGGCCAGCCCAUGCGGAGAUCCAUGGAUGUCACUCGUCCUUCUGCUGACCAAAGCUAUAUUGCCACGGACGUGGACCUGGCAGAAAGCUCGCUGUGGUGGUCACAGCCCAAUACGCCUCCGCCAGUCUUCCAGAACCGCAAGGACAUCCUUCUCGAGAUAGAAGAAUCCAGUGCCGCAAAGCAGGGUAGCAAGGCCAUGGUGGCCAAGGAUGUUUAUGUUCUAUUCCUCGAUUACUCGCAAACGGUGAUCACGGUGAGCUACGAUCCCCGGAACCCCGCGGAGGCCUCCUUGGAACAGAGACACGAGGCCCCGCCCGUUCAGCUUCGUCAGGACCAGCUCGAGAAUGCGCAUCUCGAGCUAGGCACCCGCAUCUCGAGCGCUGUCCAGACGGUUCAAAACACCACCGUGGGCGAUGGCACUCCGUUCGGCCUGGUUCGGUAUCUGCUCGAGCCUCUUUCGGGCGGACUCCGUCCCGUGGGGACCCGCGCGUACGGUGCCCUUGUCUACUCCAACCUGGCGAAUGCCUCCGUGCAGCAGAACGACGAAAUCCGCGCCGGUGAUAUCGUGAGUUUCCGCAAUGCUCGCUUCCAAGGCCACCGGGGCACGAUGCACCAGAAGUACAGCUCCGAGGUCGGCAAGCCUGACCACGUAGGCGUUGUCGUGGAUUGGGAUGGAACCAAGAAAAAGAUCCGUGCGUGGGAGCAAGGUCGCGAGAGCAAGAAAGUCAAGAUCGAAAGCUUCAAGCUCUCCGAUCUUCGCAGUGGCGAGUGCAAGGUUUGGCGAGUGAUGCCCCGCAGCUGGGUUGGCUGGGAUAAAUAGAGAAAAGAACCCGCGGGUGAACCAAACCCCACGAGGAAGUUCAACAGCAGACGCUCGCUAUCCACGACGAUGAACACAGUGACGAAGGAUCAUGUGGUAGGCCGUUGUGCAUUUUAUUCUCCUUUUUUUCUUCUUCUUCCUCUUGUUCCCCCGUCUCGCUUUGUGUUCAUAUGCCUU